AACGUCAUUGUCGUGUUACUGUACUGUUACUGUGGUUUCUUUCGUCCGACUAAAAUAUAAUUAAAAACUCUUAUAUCUUGAAGUUUCCGUUUAUUGGUUUUCUUGACUAAAUUAAUGCUGGACGUCGGAUUUGUGAAAGCAGAAACAACAAAACUCUUUGACUUAGCAGGCACAAUUGCUCCCUGGAGAAAAUGUACUUGUAUCUCAGCUAGCUGCCAGCCCUAGUGGCAAUCAUAUGGCAGUAGGCUAUAUCGAUGGAAAUAUCAAUGUAUUUGAACUAACAAACAAUGAAAUCGUCUGUGUAUUUGCUGGACACAAAUCAUCGGUUACUUGUUUGCAGUAUGAUGAACAAGGCCACAGAUUAGUUUCUGGGUCAAAGGACACUGAAGUAAUUCUCUGGGAUGUGGUCUCUGAGACAGGUUUGGCUCGGUUUAGUGGGCACAAGGGGGUUGUGACCAGUUUACUUUUUGUUAAUGGCAAGAACUGUGUCAUAAGUUCAUCCAAAGACACCUUUGUAAAAUUUUGGGAUAUUGAAACAAAACACUGUUUCAAAACAUUAGGUGGCCACCAAAUGGAGGUUUGGGCAGCGGUUCUCCUGAAGGAGGAGAGGUACUUAGUAACAGGUAGUAUGGAUCAAGAACUAAGGGUGUGGAAGCUCAACUGGACUACUGACACGAAAGAUGAAGACAAAAUAACUCAACAGUUAGAAAUUGUCAAACUAGAAGAAACAGAUGACUUAGAAGAUUCAUCUAUUUUACAGUGUCAUCAAGUAGGUACCCUUAUAAGAGGAGGUAAGGGCCGUGUUGUAGGCCUUCAUACUGACCCAGGGCAGACUGUGCUAGCAUGCUAUGGUACAGAUUCUUUGCUAGAACUUUUUGCUUUCUGUACUGAUGAAGAAGCUAAAGCAAGAAUGAAUAAAAGAAUAAAGAAGCAAAGGAAGAAAAAUGCAAAACUUAAGGAGAGCAGUGAAGUUGACAUUGAGAUUGUAGAAGUAGCAGAACUUUUGACCCUCACAGAUGAAGUCAGAAGACUAACUUCAGUCAAAUUGGGAGCUAAGAUAAAGUCUGCUUCCCUUCUAUUGGGAACUACUGGAGAGCUUCGUGUUGGAUCUUCUUUAGCAAAUAACACUGUUGAACUAAAUACUUUAAAUGUUGAUGAGCCCACUGAAGUAAAGUGCUUGAAACAAAUAACUCAACCUGGUCACCAGAAAGAACCUCGCUGUGUGGCAAUAAGUUCAGAUAAUCUUGCUAUUUUAUCAGCUUCUGCAGAUUCCAUUAAAUUAUGGAAUAGGCCGAAUCAAACGUGUUUGCGCACUAUCGAUACACCCGGUGGUCGGCCGAUGAGUAUAUGCUUCGCGCCCGGCGAUCGUCACGCCCUAGUGGGCUGCACGGGAGGGGAGUUGCUCGUGGUAGAUGUGGCGGCCGGCCGAGUGCUAGAACAAGUGCCCGCGCACCAGGGAGACUGCGCCUGCGUCGGACUCACGCCCAAUAUGCUGGGUUGUUAUUCUGGCGGCGCAGACAAAACAGUGAAACUGUGGCAGUUUGAAUUGAUAGAAGAUCCAACAGGUGAAUCCAAAGCGAAGGUGUUAUCAUUGCUGCACACUAGAACUUUAGAACUGGAAGAAUCAGUACUGGCUGUUAAAAUAAGUCCCAACAGUAAAUUUAUUGCUGUAGCUCUUCUGGAUUCUACAGUUAAAAUAUUUUUCCUAGACACAUUUAAGUUUUACCUCUCACUCUACGGGCACAAGUUGCCGGUUCUAUGUCUGGACAUAAGCUACGAUUCCAACAUAAUAGCGACCGGUUCCGCUGACCGAAACGUCAAAAUCUGGGGCAUGGACUUCGGUGACUGUCAUAAAUCUAUAUUCGCUCACAAUGAUUCGGUUACUGCACUUCAGUUUGUCCCAGGCACACAUUACUUCUUCACCGCAUCUAAAGAUGGGAAGAUCAAGCAGUGGGAUGCUGAUAGUUACGACAAUAUUAUUACCCUAGAUGGUCACGCCGGGGAGUGUCGGGGCUUGUGCGUGGGCGCGGGCGGGCUUCACGUGACGUCGUGCGGCGCGGACCUCGCGCUGCGAGCGUUCGUACGCACGGACGAGCCGCUCGUGCUCGGCGACACGGACGAGCGCGACGACGGGCUAGCCACCGGCGAUACGCACGUGAGUGAUUGUUGUAGGUUAGGGUCACGCGGGCAGGCUUCACGUGACGUCGUGCGGCGCGGACCUCGCGCUGCGAGCGUUCGUACGCACGGACGAGCCGCUCGUGCUCGGCGACACGGACGAGCGCGACGACGGGCUAGCCACCGGCGAUACGCACGCACCUGUUCCUGGAUUACCUGGAUUAAAUAUGCCUACAAAGAAAACCAUUGGCGCCGAGAAAGCUGCGGAUUCCAUAAUGGAAUGUCUGUCAGUGGGUGCCGAAUACAAACGCGAAUUAACAGAGGCGCGCGGUAAAUACGUCCAACCGCCCUUACUGAUGGCCGCGUACAAUUGUACCACGGCUGAGGACUUCCUUCUAGAGACGAUAAAGAAGAUACGUUCAAGUGAUUUAGAAGAAGCAUUGUUGCUGUUGCCGUUCAGCAUAGCUUGCGACGUGGUCCGCAUGUUGCCGCUCUUACUGGAGCGCGGUUCCGACGUGGAGCUGUUGUGUCGCACUUGCUUCUUCCUUGUGAGAGUGCAUCGCGCACCGCUGCUCGCCAACAAGGCCCUGUUGAAGCACCUCAUACAGAUACAGGCGAAGGCCGCCAUGAGACUGCAAGAGCUCAGGGAUAUGGUCGGUUUCAAUGUGCACGCCCUGCAAUGGAUGAAACGCGAGGCGGAAGCCACGGACAGCGAGCAGUUGUUCAGAGAAGCUAUAGACACACGACGCACGCGUGACCGACGUCGCAAAACGAGGCAAGCCCUCAAACGACCCAUCGUUACGGUCACUUGAUUGUUCUAAUAAAUCAUGUUGUAUAUGCAA